GAUGUGAGACAGAGUCAUCACGUGCUUGACUGUGUUAGUGAUGGGUGGAGAAAGGGCUGUUUGCAGUCCAGUUGGUUCAGUGUGUUGAAGAGUGUGUCGCGCAUCUGAGGGCCGAGGGCGUCAACACCAAAUGAAGAUGGCAGCCCUUCAGUAAGAUGUUGGAAACAUCCCUAACUGACAGAAAUCAUUGUCUUCAUUUUCAUCCCAAAAGACUGAGCUGGACUGUUAAAUGCCCUCUCAAUAUAAAGGGUUAAAAUGUUUGUGGUCUCUUCGCCAAGAUGUCUACAGAUCUGUGUGUCUUUGGUAAUGGUGUCCAGGCUGCAAGGCAGGGUUUCGGCUCCGAUACGCGUGGAGGCCCCGGUUGAGCAGCCCUUCACUCUGAGCUGUACUCUUGUCAAGGCCAGAGGAGAAUCGGUUCAUGAGAUCCGCUGGCUGGAUGUGCAGAACCAGACGCUAAUCACUUACCAGCCUGGAGAUAAAGACAGCGUGAGCGGACAGCAGCAUGUGGAGCUAGCUUCUUCACCACGAGAUGCCAGCGCCAUCACCAUCAAGCGGGUCAGCUACAGAGAUGAAGGCUGCUACACUUGCAUCUUUGAUAUUUAUCCCAAAGGCUCAAGGGAAGGACAAACCUGCCUUACUGUAACAGCAUCGGUGAUCUCAGAGGGCAAUAAGACUGCAGUGGGGGGUAAACAAGCCUCUCUGGCCUGUCGGUACGGUCUGCCGGAGAAAGUCAAGCAGGUGCUGUGGAAGAAGAUUGUGAAUAAAGCAGAGUCCCGUGAAGUUGCAUCUUUUGCCAAGCAGAGUGACCCAGUAAUCGAAGAAGAGUUUGUGGAGCGUGCGAGCCUGAGCCCUUCUCUGUCUGACACGCAGCUCACGUUAUGGCCGGUCCGAGCUGAAGAUGAGGCCUGCUACACCUGUGAGUUCCACACGUACCCAGACGGCACUAAGACCGCCGUAAGCUGCCUCACUGUAUUCGUCCUGCCCAAACCUCAAGUAAGCUACAAGACUACAUCUCCGGGAGUGAUCGAGGCUAACUGUACCGCCGUGGCCCGGCCACAGGCUGAAAUAGUGUGGAACGUGGAGGGCAAUGACCGGACCAUUGGUCCACCUGUGACCACCUCUAUCCAGCAGAGUGACGGGACGACUCUGGUCAUCAGCACCCUGACCAUCCAGGCUGGACUCCUGAAGGACGUCUCCGUCAAAUGUCUGGUUCAUCAUAAAGGGCUGGAGACUGCCAUCGCUGUUUCCAUGAACACUAAAAUUGGCACGGCGCUCGCUAUCCUGAUCUCUGUGACCACUGUAGCCUUUCUUCUGGUCCUCUGCCUCUGUUUCUGUUUGUGGAAGUGUGUGUUGCGUAAGGAUGAGCCUGAAGAGCGUCAGGUACCGAGAAGAGCCCGAGCAGAGACAGACAUAGACACUUAAAUAAUAAAUCAUUUGGACAGACGCAGAUGACGACUUUCAGUUCUCUUUAUGCAAAUGCUGAAGAUGAAACGUUUCCUGCUUUUCCAGCCAAAACAAACCAGUGACAGAGUUUGUAAAUCCAUCACUAAUAUGAAGGCUGCAGAAUGUGUUUUAUCUCGGUUAGGGAGCGUAGUAUUUGUCUGUUUUAAUACCCAUUUGGAGCUCUAAAAAUACUUCUUGAACUCUAUGAAAAAACAAACUGUCUGUUCACUCAAAGUGUAAGAAAACUUCAUUAUUUAAUAAACAUCGUGAAUAACGAAAAUCUCUUGAAGAAAAAAAAGUUCUACCAUAUGUUUUUGGAUACUUAUAUUAUGAUCAAAUGAGCCUGAUUUGUAUGAAUACGUACCUUACUCGUACAAAUUCAUACCAUUUGUGCUAAAUCGUAGGUAUUUUACGAGUUGCAGACUCGUAUGAAUUUGUACGAAUGACCUGGACCUGACCCCGGCCCUAAACCUGGGGUUUAGACAAAAUUUCACGAAUUAGCAACAAAUUUGCCAACUCAUAAAAUACAUACAAACUGGUCGUGAGACUUUGUUGGAUCAAAUAUUUUCUUUUAUGAUUUAUAAUCUUGCUUUUUCUGUGCCCUCCUUAAGGUGGAUGGAAGUGCAGCGAAGUAGACUGAGCACUCCAGUCGUUUUUGGCUCUAGACUUUGGGUACUUUUAGGAAAUGAUUAAAUAUCUUUUAGCUCAUUGUUUUGUAAUAUUUAAUGAUUAGGCACUGAACUAGAUAUAUAGGGACUGACUGGAUCAAUUCAGUUGAAGUUCUUCUGUCCCAGAGCAAUGUUGGGAAAAGCAGUGGAAAUGCAUUAUCUGCAGUCUGGUGUGGAAUGAAGUGGCUGAUCUCUGUCCUGUGGAUCAGCUGCUUUCCAUCGUGUUGCUUUGAUCUCUAUUAAUGUGCAAUUCAGUGCAAUGAUAACACCUUGUUUUAUACAUAUAUCCUAGAUUCAUCGUGUCCCUGAGAGCGUAGGCCACACUUGAAUGACGUAGUUCUUUCUAUUCAGUGAAGUAUUAAAUAAAUUUGUUUUCCUGGUGUAAUGUACGGAUGCUGUAUUUAUUGUGCGCUUCAAGCUGGAAAUUGUAAAUGACAUCCACUUGUAUGGAAGUGCAUUUAAGCAAAGGUGUCUAAUAUUUGAUUUUUUUUUAUCUAUUAUGAAAAACAUCAAAUUCUGUUCAAUUAAAUGAUAUGGUAUAGGCUG